GAAUCUAAAUCAGCAAAUAUAAUUCAAUUCAACCACCAAAAACGAUAAGAUAUACAAUACAACCUGUUGUGCCCAUUUAAAAAUAUUUAAUUUGAAAUAUUUUCGUUUCCUCAUUGUUCAACGCAGAAGGAAGGAGAGUAACCAUGCUCAUCUGAGAAAAAAGAAGAUGAAGUCAGACAAGCUCUAAAGCCUGUAAUGGAAGACAAGAAAGCAAACAUAAUCGCAACCAUAUCCAUCUUAGCCCUUAUCAUAGUAAUAAUCGUCGCCAGAGUUUCUCUAAAACUCUCCAAAACGUUUUACCUCAUCGCCGGCGUCGACAUCUCCUUGAUCCUCGCCGUGAUCUGUUUCCUCAUAAUCCGUCGCCGUUACAACAGAGAGAGGAAGAUCUUGGUAUCAAAGUACGUCUCGGAAGGCAGAGAGCUCCGGAUCGAGUACAGUUUCCUCAGAAAAGUCGCCGGCGUCCCGACCAAGUUCAAGCUCGAGGAUCUCGAAGAAGCCACCGACGGGUUCCGGAUCCAGAUUGGAAAAGGCGGGUCGGGCUCGGUCUUCAAAGGAGUUCUCAAAGACGGGAGCCAAGUGGCUGUGAAGAGAAUCGAAGGAGAAGAGAAAGGAGAAAGAGAGUUUAGGUCAGAAGUGGCGGCUAUAGCUUCCGUGCAGCACAAGAAUCUAGUCCGUCUCUACGGUUACUCAUCAGUGAAUCGCCAGAGGUUCCUCGUCUACGCGUAUGUACCUAACUCGUCUCUAGAUCACUGGAUCUUCCCGGACAGAGGAGGGAACAGGAGGGCCAGAGGAUGCUUGACGUGGGACCAAAGGUACCAAGUCGCUGUCGAUGUAGCGAAAGCCCUAGCUUAUCUUCACCACGACUGUCGGUCAAAGAUCUUGCAUCUCGACGUGAAGCCGGAGAACAUUCUCCUCGACGAGGAUUACAGAGCGGUGGUGACAGACUUCGGACUCUCGAAGCUGAUUGCUAGAGACGUGAGCAGAGUUGUGACGGAGAUACGCGGCACGUGCGGAUACCUAGCACCAGAGUGGCUUCUUGAACACGGAAUCUCUGAGAAGUCUGAUGUCUACAGCUACGGGAUCGUGUUGCUAGAGAUGAUCGGAGGGAGGAGGAGUAUAAUGAAGGUAGAGGUCGAGGAAACGAACAAAAAGACGAACAAGAAAAGCAAGAAGAAGAAGUUAGAGUAUUUUCCGAGGAUUGUGAACCAGAAGAUGAGAGAAAGGAAGAUAAUGGAGAUCGUAGAUCAACGGCUGGAGUUAGGUGAUGAAGAGCAAGUGAUGAAGCUGGUGUGUGUGGCUCUUUGGUGUAUACAGGAGAAGGCGAAGAAUAGGCCUGAUAUGGCUAUGGUGAUUGAGAUGCUUGAAGGGAGAGUUCCGGUGAGUGAGCCUCCGGAUUCACAGCUUGUUGUGGUCGAUCUUUUGGCAGCUGGUGAUGAUGAUGAUGAUGGUGCACCUACAGGUGUACGACGUGUUGUAGAGGUACCGAGGUUGCAUAUUCAGAGGGAAAGGAAUUUUCGUUUACCGUCUAUUUGUUCUAGCAUCAUAUCUCCCAUUUCUCCACGGUAGAGUUUUGGUUUUGUUCAUUUGAUAUAUGUAAUAACAGACAGUUUAGUUAUUACCAGGAUUGAACACAACAUUAUGGUUUUAA